AGAGACUUGUAAAGAACUGUGGGAAUAGGUUUCACUGUCUCAAUAUUAAAGAGAGUGAAGAUGGUUCUCAGGUAUCAGAGCUGCUGGAGAAGAUAGAGAAGAUGGUGGUCAGAAAUAAAGGAAGAUUCCUCAGCAGUGAGCUCUACCUGGAAACAGAGUCUAAGAUUGAAAAAAUAAUUUUGUGUAUUAAAGAAAAGAAGAUAGCCAAAGAAGAACGAGAAGUGGAAGUGAAACUAGAGGAGGAGCUCCAGAAAUCUCUGAAAAAGAUAGAAGGAAUGAUCCAAGAGCAUGAAAAAGAUAUUACACAGCUGAACAAUCAAGUAGCUGAUCUGGAAGGAAAAAUUAAAGAGGAAAUGGAUGAAGUGAAAAAAGAAAAACUGAAAGGGGAACUAGAUGGAGAGAUGCAAAAGAGGACAAAGAUUGACAAUGUAAUUAAUAUACUAAAUGAAAAAGUAGAGUGGGAGAGGAGAGAGUUGAAGGGGAUACUCAGACAAAAGGUGGAAGAUAUAAGGAAGGCCUAUGAAGGAGAGGCUGGAAUGGAGGAAGAGAGAAGACUUGUGAAAAUCAUGAUUCCUGAAAUCCAGAGAUAUAUUUUGACCUCCAAAUCAAAGAUGGAGGAAUAUUUCAGAGGACAGAUGGAAGAGAAGUAUAGAGAGCUGGAGUUACUGAAAAAGACACUGACCCAGCUUAGAGAAGAGAAAAACGAACCCGUUUUGGGAAAAGAGGCUCAUAAUGAGUCUGGAGAAACCGCCUUCAAAAACAAGUGGAGGAAACAUGGUGGGAGUUUAUGAUUACUCAGGAUUUCACAAUGUUUGUAC